AUGCGCCCCGAAGUGGAACAGGAGCUAGCCCACACCCUCCUCGUCGAACUCCUCGCAUACCAAUUCGCAUCGCCCGUCAGAUGGAUCGAAACACAAGAUGUCAUCCUCGGCGAGAAGAUCACCGAGCGCAUAGUCGAGGUCGGUCCCGCAGACACCCUUGGUGGAAUGGCCAAGCGGACACUGGCUGCCAAAUACGAGGCCUACGAUGCAGCGAGGUCUGUUCAACGACAGAUUCUUUGCUACAACAAGGACGCCAAGGACAUCUACUACGACGUGGAUCCGAUAGAAGACGAGCCCGAGGCGGCAGCACCGAGCAGUGGAGGCAAUGCUGCUCCGGCUUCCUCUUCGGCACCGGCGGCAGCAGCGGCUCCUGCUGCCGCUGCACCACCACCACCGAGUUCAGGACCGGUGGCUGCCGUGGCAGAUGCACCGGUUGGCGCGGUUGACGUUCUACGAUCGCUUGUUGCGCAGAAGCUGAAGAAGCCGCUGCAAGACAUUCCGCUUAGCAAGGCCAUCAAGGAUCUUGUCGGAGGCAAAUCGACCCUCCAAAAUGAAAUCCUCGGAGACCUUGGGAAGGAAUUCGGCUCAACGCCUGAAAAGCCGGAAGAUACACCUUUGGAUGAGCUUGGAGCAGCAAUGCAGGCGACCUUCAAUGGUCAGCUGGGCAAGCAAUCUACAUCCCUCAUCGCACGCAUGGUGUCUUCGAAGAUGCCGGGUGGCUUCAACAUCACCGCAGUCAGGAAACACCUAGAGACAAGGUGGGGUCUAGGCUCUGGCAGGCAAGACGGUGUCCUUCUUCUGGCCAUGACCAUGGAGCCAGCAUCACGUUUGGGAUCGGAGAACGAUGCGAAAGCAUUCCUGGACGACGUUUCGCAGAAGUACGCUUCGCAAGCUGGCAUCUCGCUGUCUUCUGGCGCUGCUGGUGGAGACGCCGGCGCCGGAGGUGGUGGCAUGAUGAUGGAUCCUGCUGCCAUCGAUGCACUCACCAAGGACCAGCGAGCUCUAUUCAAACAACAGCUGGAGCUAUUUGCGCGAUAUCUGAAAAUGGACCUCCGAGCUGGCGACAAAGCUGCUGUGGCCAGCAAGCAGAACGAGAGUGCCCUGCAAGCACAGCUGGAUCUCUGGACAACCGAGCACGGCGAAUUCUACGCUGACGGUAUCAGACCUUCCUUCAGCCCUCUCAAGGCUCGCGUUUACGACUCUUCCUGGAACUGGGCGCGACAGGACGCUCUCACCAUGUACUACGACAUCAUCUUCGGACGUCUCAAGGCUGUUGACCGCGAGAUCGUCAGCCGCUGCAUCCUCAUCAUGAACCGCUCAAACCCAGCCCUUCUGGACUUUAUGCAAUAUCACAUCGACCACUGUCCCACAGAGCGCGGCGAGACAUAUCAGCUCGCCAAGAUGCUGGGUGAACAACUCAUCGACAACUGCAGAGAUGUUCUUGACGAGUCGCCCGUCUACAAGGACGUAGCCGUGCCUACUGCUCCUCACCUCACCAUCGAUGCUCGUGGCAACAUGAACUACGAAGAAGUGCCUCGUUCCAGCAUCCGCAAGCUGGAGCACUACGUGCGAGAGAUGGCCGAGGGUGGCAAGAUUUCCGAGUACGGCAACCGGACGAAGGUUCAGAACGACCUUCAGCGUGUCUACCGUCUCAUCCGCCAGCAACACAAGCUUUCAAAGUCAUCGCAGCUGGAGAUCAAGCAGCUCUAUUCCAACAUCGUCCGCUCGCUCUCCAUGAACGAGGGCCAGAUCAUGCCGACGGAGAACGGCAAGACGAACGGCAUCGCUCCCAAGAAGGGCGGCCGCAACGGCCGUGUGAACGGCUCGACUAAGCAAGGCAAGGUCGAGACUGUGCCUUUCCUGCACCUCAAGCGAAAGGAAGCACAUGGCUGGGAGUACAGCAAGAAGCUCACCGGCAUCUACCUCGACGGCUUAGAGCAGGCCGCCCGCGCUGGUGUGACGUUCCAGAACAAGAACGUCCUCAUGACUGGUGCUGGUGCUGGCUCGAUCGGUGCUGAGGUGCUUCAAGGCCUGAUCAGUGGUGGUGCGAAAGUGCUCGUCACUACUUCGCGCUUCUCUCGUGAAGUUACCGAGUACUACCAGGCGAUGUACGCACGCUACGGCGCCCGUGGCUCGCAGCUUGUUGUCGUGCCUUUCAACCAGGGCAGCCAACAGGACGUCCAGGCUCUUAUCGAGUACGUCUAUGAUGACAAGAAGGGUCUCGGCUGGGAUCUGGACUACAUUGUCCCGUUCGCCGCCAUCCCCGAGAACGGCCGCGAGAUCGACAGCAUCGACAGCAAGUCUGAGCUUGCCCACCGCAUCAUGCUUACGAACCUGCUCCGCAUGCUCGGUGCCGUGAAGACUCAAAAGGCUGCGCGCGGCUUCGAGACCCGUCCUGCUCAAGUCAUUCUGCCGCUCUCUCCCAACCACGGUACGUUCGGCAACGAUGGUCUGUACUCCGAGUCGAAGCUUGCGCUCGAGACUCUGUUCAACAGGUGGCACUCUGAGAGCUGGGGCAACUUCCUCACCAUCUGUGGUGCAGUCAUUGGCUGGACUCGUGGUACUGGCCUCAUGGGCGGCAACAACGUCGUCGCUGAGGGGGUUGAGAAGUACGGUGUGCGCACCUUCUCGCAGCAGGAGAUGGCCUUCAACUUGCUCGGUCUCAUGUCGCCUUCUAUCUCCAACCUUUGCCAGCAGGAGCCGGUAUUUGCUGAUCUCAACGGUGGUCUACAAUUCUUGCCGGACUUGAAGGAUCUGAUGACCAAGCUCCGCAAAGAGAUCACCGAGUCCUCCGAAAUCCGCAAGGCCGUCACACGCGAGACUGCCGUCGAGAACAAGAUUAUCAACGGCGAGGACAGCGAGGCGCUCUACAAGACUGUCAAGGUCGACAAGCGUGCCAACUUGAAGUUCGACUUCCCUAAGCUCCCUGACUGGAAGACUGAGGUCGAGCCACUCAACGGUGAUCUCAAGGGCAUGGUUGAUCUUGAGAAGGUCGUUGUCGUUACUGGCUUCGCUGAGGUUGGACCGCUGGGUAACUCCAGGACGCGAUGGGAGAUGGAGGCCUAUGGCGAGUUCUCGCUUGAAGGCUGCAUCGAGAUGGCCUGGAUGAUGGGUCUCAUCAAGAACCACAACGGACCGCUCAAGGGCAAGACCUACUCUGGCUGGGUUGAUGCCAAGUCUGGCGAGCCUGUCGACGACAAGGACAUCAAGAACAAGUACGAGAAGUUCAUUCUCGAGCACUCUGGCAUCCGCCUCAUCGAGCCGGAGCUGUUCAAUGGCUACGACCCGAACAAGAAGCAGUUGCUCCAGGAGAUCCAGAUCGAGGAGGAUCUAGACCCAUUCGAGGCCUCCAAGGAGACCGCCGACGAGUUCAAGCGCGAGCACGGCGACAAGGUCGAAGUGUUCGAACUCGAGUCCGGCGAAUACCAGGUCCGCCUCAAGAAAAACGCUACCCUCCUCAUCCCCAAGGCCCUCCGCUUCGACCGCCUCGUCGCCGGCCAGAUCCCCACCGGCUGGGACGCCAAACGCUACGGCGUCCCCGACGACAUCAUCGAGCAAGUCGACCCCGUCACCCUCUACGUCCUCGUCUCGACCGCCGAGUGCCUGCUCUCCUCGGGCAUCACGGACCCAUACGAGUUCUACAAGUACGUGCACAUUUCGGAAGUGGGCAACUGCAUUGGCUCCGGUAUUGGCGGUACUACCGCCCUUCGUGGCAUGUACAAGGAUCGAUACUUGGACAGGCCGCUGCAAAAGGACAUUCUGCAGGAGUCGUUCAUCAACACUAUGAGCGCUUGGGUGAAUAUGCUGCUGAUGUCCUCCACGGGCCCGAUCAGGACGCCGGUCGGCGCUUGCGCGACGGCUGUGGAGAGUAUCGAUAUUGGGUACGAUUGUAUUGUCGAGGGCAAGGCGCGGAUGUGCUUCGUCGGUGGUUUCGACGAUUUCCAGGAAGAGGGGAGUUAUGAGUUUGCGAACAUGAAGGCGACGAGCAACGCCGAGGAUGAGUUUGCGCAUGGCCGUACGCCGAAGGAGAUGUCCCGUCCGACUACCACGACCAGGAACGGCUUUAUGGAGUCCCAGGGCUGCGGUAUGCAGGUCAUCAUGGACGCGAAGCUGGCGCUGGAUAUGGGCGUGCCGAUUUACGGUGUGCUCGGCUUCACUGCCACGGCUACGGACAAGAUUGGUCGGUCAGUGCCGGCGCCUGGGCAGGGUGUGCUUACGACUGCGCGAGAGCAGGUUUCGAAGUUCCCGUCGCCGUUGUUGGAUAUCAAGUACCGCAAGCGGCAGAUGGAUUUGAGGAGGCGGCAGAUCAAGAACUGGCAGGAGUCGGAGCUGAUGUACUUGCAGGAGGAGGUGCAGGCGAUGAAGCAGCAGGGUGGCGAGUUCAGCGAGAGCGAGUAUAUGGAAGAUCGCGCUGCGCAUAUCGAGAGGGAGGCGAGGAGGCAGGAGAAGGAUGCGCUCAACAGCCUGGGCAACAACUUCUGGAAGCAGGAUUCCCGCAUUGCUCCUCUCCGUGGCGCGCUGGCUACUUGGGGUCUCACAAUCGACGACCUGGACGUUGCCUCCUUCCACGGCACGUCCACCGUCGCCAACGACAAGAACGAGUCCGACGUGCUGUGCCAGCAGAUGAAGCACCUCGGCCGCAAAAAGGGCAACGCGCUCAUGGGCAUCUUCCAGAAAUACCUCACGGGCCACCCGAAGGGUGCGGCUGGAGCCUUCAUGUUCAACGGCGCGCUGCAAGUCCUCAACUCUGGUUUGGUGCCCGGCAACCGCAACGCCGACAACGUCGACAAGGUCAUGGAGAAGUUCGACUACAUCGUCUACCCCUCACAAUCCAUCCAAACGGACGGCAUCAAAGCCUUCUCCGUCACCUCCUUCGGCUUCGGGCAAAAGGGCGCGCAGGCGAUUGGGAUCCACCCGAAAUACCUCUACGCCGCGCUCGACCACGCGCAGUUCGCCACGUACAAGCAGAAAGUCGAGGCGCGCCAGAAGAGGGCUUAUCGGUAUUUCCACGACGGUUUAAUCAACAACACCAUGUUCCGCGCCAAGACGAAAUCGCCCUACGAAGACGCGCAGCAGAGCUCCGUCUUCCUCAACCCAGACGCCCGCGUCUCUUCUUCCCCGAACAAGAACCUCGGCACCGUCGACCUCACCUACCCCUCCACACCUCCCGCGAAGCCCUCUUCGCAGAGCACGACAGAGAUGGUGGAGAAUCUGAUGAAAGUCAACGCGUCCGCCAACUCGAACCCCGGCGUGGAUAUCGAGGGCUUAGACGCGAUCGAUAUCCACAACGAUACGUUCAUCUCGCGCAACUUUACGCAGAAGGAAGUGGAGUACUGUCGUGCUGCGCCCUCGGCACAGGCGAGUUUUACGGGGAAAUGGAGCGCGAAGGAGGCGGUGUUUAAGAGUUUGCGGGUUGAGUCGAGGGGUGGGGGAGCGGGGAUGCGGGAGAUUGAGAUUGGGAAUGAUGGGUCGGGGGCGCCUACUGUUACUUUGUACGGCGACGCGAAGGCUGCGGCCGACAAGGCUGGGGUCAAGAGCACGACGGUUAGUAUUAGUCAUAGUGAUGCGCAGGUUAUUGCUGUGGCGAUUUCGUCGUUUUGA